UGGUGGUAUGGCGACGCAGCUCGCACACCUGUACCAGACAAGCUAGCGAAAGAGCUCGAGGUUCACUAGCACAACAUUCGACCGUACAGUUCCAUCUACAGCCACGAACUUUCUCAAGCUCUGGAGUUAGGUUUAGAAGCCGAGGCGAAGAUCGCUUAUCCACUCGACAGUGUCUUCAAGUCUAGAACACAAGUCAAUUUCCUCGGCCCUUUCACCGUCCGGAUGUAUCGGCCUGACUUUGGAUCCCGCCUUUCCAAAUCGAUUUGGACAGCUGCCAGUGGAGAACAUGUAGGUGGCCUACUCAUCGUUCGUAGCUACGAUGCCGCUGCAAGCAUGCAAAGACCCAAGUACGUAGGCAAGCGCACUUCUCGAGCUUCGCUCGGCGGGGAGUGGAUUCGCGACAACGUACAACUUGGAACAGAAGACGCCCAGGAUCCUCAUGCACCAGGCGGGGAAGAGUAUGACAGUGCUCCAACCCCCGCGUCUGAGCCUGAAAGGACUUGGGACGAAGCCGGAAACGCAUCGGGCGUAAACAACCUCAGUUGUGAGCCAAAUCCGAUGCGGCUUAUGGAACAGGCUACACGACCGUUCUGCGAUACUUCACAGCAAGCCACGAAAGGAAAAGUUGCUGCAGCAGUCAAAAGCCAGACGAUGAAUGCUGAUGACACCGCUGCUCUCAUCGAACCUGAUUCCACCGCUGGAGCUAACAACAAGGGCCAAUCUUCUUUAAGCAGUGGCUUCAAGAACGUUGUGGCCCGACGCAUACGCAAAAUCGCAGAGAGUGCAGACGAGAGACUCGCACAGCAGGUACCUGCUUUUGUGGAAGGAAGCGCUGGGAGUGACCGCAAAGAUGCGUGUGUCAGCAGUAAAGGGGAUGGAGCUCGAGAGGAAGAGGUUAAGAAGCCCCUCAAUACCCACCGAGGGCAAGGCAGGGACGAGACGGAAAGGGUAGACUCUCCUGCGCGGGCAGAGGACCUCCGGGAACAUCCUCUGACAGAUUCGGAUGCUGAACCAUUGGUCUUGAAUCUCGCGCUCCACGGCAUUGGGCAGCAGUUGGCAACUUCGGUGGAAUAUUAGGCAUUCCCCAUUGCAUAAGUGCUACUUUUGUGGAUCCUCCAAGCUAGUAUGAUGUUGAACCCUCGUUAAGCGUUGCAGGAUCAAUGCCUUCAGACAGCUGGCAUGAGAGCGAUCUGAGACAUGCGAGACCGUUGUCAAAGGUCAACGCACUCAAUUUAUCCCAUUCUUGUGGAAGUUGGCCAUGAAUUCUGUAGAGACGAGCACCAGCACGAGUAGA